AUGACACAAUCACCUCGCGUGCCAUCUCGCCCCGGUUUCCUCGCCCCACGACCCAGCCAGCAGCCACCAAACACUGACACUGAUCUGGCCUGUUCCUUCGGUUCCUGGAGAUCGCCCGCCCCUGUCCGCUUUGGACACGUCAUGCGUCGAUCACUUUGUGAGCAUGAGCAAGAAAUGCGCCACAAACGGCGCGUCUGCGGGCCUAAUCCCCGUCAGCCCAACAUCCCAUAA